AGGGGCAUAUGGCUUGUGAGCCGCCUGCUUGGGGCGCAGGGCCUGCGCUGAUGAUCCUAACGCAGGCGGGCUAAGGGCUGCCUGCCCUAAAUUCCACAGAGGAAAAGCAUGGCGGCAACAGGCAGCGAGCAGAAAGAGCUGCUGGCUCUGAUUCACCAGCACUUGGUCCAGACUGGCUAUGAGAAAGUAGCGAAGGAGUUGUUGGAGCAGAGCGGCCAGAAAAACCUUCCAUCAUCCUCCGUCUCUCUCAGGGAUAUCUUCAUUCAAUGGAAGAAAGCUUCCUCACAAGCACCGAAACGAAAGGCAGAGGAUAUCAGCAGGGGCGUUCCGGCAAAGAUCAGAGUUCCUGACCCCAAGAGCAGCUCGGAGAGCUCGGAGGAGGAGGAAGAGGUGAACGUCAUAAAAACUAACCUGCCUGUGAAUAACAGCUCGAUGGCUAAAGCAGAGAGUAGCAGUGAGGAUGAAGAUUCAUCUUCUGAAGAGGAAGCAGUUGCUGGAAAGACAGUGAAAAAUCCUGUGACAAUAAACAAAGCUGACUUUCUACAACUUGCUGCUCAAAAAACAAAUUCCUUCCCAGGUAAAGGGGUGGCUACAGCUGCUGUCCAGGCAAAAGGGCAACAGAAUAAAGCAACUCCAAGUAAGCCUCCUCCUCCUCAAACUGUGGCAAAAGCAGGGCAAAAUAAAGCCCUUUCAGGUAAACAACGCCCGGCUUCACAGCCUCCUGCUGUAGCAGGACGGAACACAACCCAGGCACCUACUCCAAAGAAGGCAGUGAACUCUGAAAGUAGCAGCAGCUCAUCUGAGAGCGAGGAAGAAGAAACACCGACAGUGGUGAAAACUCCACUUCCAAAGCUAGCUCCACAGAAAGCAGAGAGUAGCAGUGAGGACUCAAGUGAUGAUUCUGACUCUGAAGAAGAAACAAAUGCAGCAACAGUCCAGGUAAAACCUGCUGUUCAAAGUGCACAGGUCAAUACGACGUUGGCCAAAAGUUUACCAGCCACUCCUGUACCUUCUAAAGGAAAUGCAGCAAAAGUGUCUCCAGCAAAAGCAACUGCAAAACAAACCAGGGCAGCAUCUGGAGAUGCAGCUAGAAGCACAAAGCCAACAGACGGCUCGGAGACGAGUGACUCAUCUGACAGCGAGGAUGAGGGACCCCUCUCAGUAGCACAGACACAGCCAACUGGAAAAUCUCAGGCCAUCAUAGCAUCGGUGAAAAAUGCCCCAUCAAGGCUACCAUCAAACAAGGCAGUCUUGCCUCCAACUCCAUUGAAACAAACACCAAAGCCAUCUGUGACAACUUUGGCAAAACCAGCAAAGGCUGUUGGGAGUGCAAAGGCAGCUGAGAGCUCAGAGAGCAGCGAGUCAUCGUCUGAGAGUGAGGAUGAGGCUCCCCCGAUUCCGGUGAGCCAGAAGAACUUGCAAAGCCCUCAGCCUCCCCCUGGAGCUAAACAGAAUUGGGCUGACAAACCAGGAGCCGUCGUGAAAGCUGCGUCAAGUGCUUUGAAAGGGAAGGAAGCAGCGAGCGAGAGCAGCAGCUCAUCUGACAGUGAGGAUGAACCUGUUCCAGCAGCACCCAAACUGCCCCCUCCAUCCGCCAAGGCAAAUGUUGUAGCUCAGCCAGCACAUGCCACAAAGCUCCAGCCCCCAGCAGGAUCACUUCCAAAGGCCCAGGCAAGCGAAGACAGCAGCCAGGAUUCUAGCGAAGAGUCUGACUCGGAGGAAGACAAGGUGUUCACUCAGAAACCAGCUCAGGUGACACAGAAACCUGCGCCCGCCCCCGUGAAAACCCCGAUGGCAAAGAGUACCGGUGCCACGUCAGGCAGAGCAGGCAGCACUCCGUCGGCAGGAAAAGGGACAGUGAGCCCGGCAAAGUCAGCCGCUGCUUCUGUUCGGAAGGCCUCGGAGAGCUCGGAGACGGACAGCUCUGAUUCUUCGGAGGGAGAGGGUCCUGGGAAGACAGCGAAGCAGCCCCCUAUUCACCCCUUUUUUAAGCAGAUGGCAGGUAAAGGAGCCAUUUCUUCCGGAAAGGCCAGCUCUGGUUCGGCAGACUCCAUUUCCAACAAGUGCCAAGGUCCUGCUGCAGGGAAAGUGGAGCCGAGCCCCUCCAAAAAGGCCAGGCUAAGCCAGGCCCACGCCCUGCCGGCUAAACCCACUGGGAUUUUCACACAGAAGGAGGAUUCGGGAAGCAGCAGUUCAUCAGACAGCGAGGAGGAGAAGGCAGCAGCGUUGACAGUAGCCAAACAGAUUCCACAGCCUGCAGGCACAACACAGAAAUCAGGAGUGAUAAAAGAACCAGAGAGCUCAUCUGAAGAGUCCAGUGAUGAAGACCAGGAGACCUCUCAGUCCCUCUUAAAAGGUUUCUCAGGUCAUUUGAAGGUCCCAACAUCCACUGUGGCGAAGGGUGCCGCCCCUGUGCUAUCCAAACAGGGCUCUGGAAAAGCUGGUAUUCCUGUCAUCAGUGCCCUGGCAAAGCUUUCUGGGAAAGCGUCCCCUGCUGACAGCUCAUCAAGUGAUAGCAGUGGUUCAGACACAGAUGCUGAGGAAACAGUCGGCACGAAGGCAGGGAUGAGCUCCUUGCCCUCCUCUGGAAAGGAAGUGGCUGCGGCCAAGACGAGUAAGGGGGCCGUGGCAGGGAAAAGAGGACCAGGCGUAAAGGCCAAAGCCCCUGCAAUCAAGAAAGCAAAGGCUCAGAGCAACGGGAAAGCUAAAGGAACGGCUGCAAUGCAAUUGACGCUGCCCCCGUCGGCCAAAGCUGGCCCUGCGGAUAGCAGCUCCGACAGCGAACAAGAGGCUGCCCCCCACGUUCCUGGGGCAGGAGCCCCAGAAGUCACCCCUGUUGUAGCGCCGAAGACACCAAAAACAGCAAAGCCUACUAAGGCUGGAGCGAAAGAGAAGCCGUCCAAGAAACGAAAACCCGCAACUGGGGAGGCUGGCGCUGGGGAAACCAAAACGAAGAAACUUAAACUCCAGAGUGACCCACAGAAGCUGGCGAAGAAGAAGAAGAAGUCGAAGAAGAAAUCCAAGUCCCCGAGCAGCGCCAAAACGCCCAAGGAGAAGGAUGGGAAAGAAAAGAAAUCCAAAAAGAAGAAAAAGAGCAAAAAGCUGGCAUCCCUUACUGAAGAUGAAUCACAGAAGAAAAAGAAGAAAAAGAAGAAAACCGGUGUCCUUGAGGGAACGGCGUGAGCAUUGGCUUCAUAGCAUGAUGUGAAGAAUGGAAAUAUCCUGGGAGCAUUCAACAGAAAGGAACCGUUUUAACUUUUUUAAAUAAAAGAGGACCUGAAUGUGAAAGAUUUCAAUUAAAAUCUUAAUUUAUAACUAUUUUUUAACAGUGACUUUAGAGCUAAGCGUUGCUUGCAAUUGACCUGGAUCAGGGGUUGGGAAAGGGAGGCGCACUGAUUGCAUUGCCAAGAGAGAUGAUGUCGAUCCUGUCACUAUGGAAAUGUAAUAUGAAAGAGCAUGAAGCUGACUUUCAUUGCUCAGUUCUUAAUGCAGCAUUUUCUUUUAUUGACCUUUCCAUUUUACUGACCCCUCAACCCUUAGGAGUUAUAUUUUUGAAAGGAAAACAUCACCCUCCUUCUCUUCACCCUACUGAAUUUCCAGUUAAUUUCUAUUUUGAAUUUUGAACCCAUGGACCUCCUCUUUCAAUGUGAACCCAUGUUCUUUCCAAUAUCUCUGCUCAGUAUGUACAAAGCUUUGUUGUCCCAAGGUUGGCUUUUUGUCUUAUCUUUUGUCUCUCUCUUUUUUAAAAAAUAGAACACAAUAAAAGAUUGACUGGGGGGAAAAA